UUAAUGGAUGAUGAAUUAAAUGUAACAUAUAUAACUCUUGAUGGGUAUGUGGAAGUGGACAAAUACAGAUAUGUGUAUUUUUUAAUUAUUUUUACAGUAUAUAUUCUAAUAAUCUUAAGCAAUUCCACUAUUGUGUAUCUUAUCUGGACUCACCAAAACCUUCAUGAGCCUAUGUAUGUUUUUAUUGCUGCUUUGUUAGUCAACUCUGUUCUUUUAAGCACUGCUAUCUACCCAAAGCUUUUGAUUGACUCUUUAUCUGAAAAACAGAUCAUAUCAUAUUCAGCCUGUCUCUUUCAAUUUCAUAUAUUUUACUCUUUAGGCGGUUCAGAAUUCUUACUGUUGUCAGCCAUGGCUUAUGACAGGUAUGUGUCUAUAUGUAAACCUCUGCAAUAUCCAGUGAUCAUGAGUAAAACAACUGUCAGUAUUUUCUUGGUUUUAGCGUGGCUUCUUCCUGCCUCUCAGGUUGCAGUGCCAGCUGGAUUGAGUGCCAAUAAAAAACUGUGCAGCUUUAGUUUGAAAGCAAUUUUUUGUAAUAAUACAGUGUACAAACUUCAAUGUGUAGUCUCAAGAGCACAAAUUAUACAUGAUAUGGUCAUUUUGCUUAAUGUUGCACUCAUCCCUGUGCUCUUCAUAAUUUUUACAUACACAAGGAUACUUAUUAUAUCCUAUCGAAGUAGCAGGGAUGUCAGGAAAAAAGCUGCACAGACUUGUUUACCCCACUUGAUAGUUUUAAUCAACUUCUCCUGUUUGUGUGCAUAUGAUGUCAUUACAGUUCAGCUGGAAUCAGAUUUUCCAAAAACUGUACGUUUAAUAAUGACAUUACAAAUAGUAAUGUAUCAUCCUCUCUUUAAUCCAGUUAUGUAUGGACUAAAAAUGAAAGAAAUUUCCAAACACCUCAAGAAGUUGUUCAGUCAAGCCAAAGUGAUCUGA